AUGGGACAACUGAUACUGCUUGCUCGUAUUCGUGCAGUUUCGGAGACGUUCCAUAAAUCGUAUUUUCAAACUGUUCGUUUACAAUAUGGAUAUGGGGUUUUAAACAAUUCCAGGAGGUUUUUGCAAACUCAGUUAAAGGGGAGUGGGAAUACGUCUUUUGAUAAAGUGUCACUUCCGUCUGCAUGGUCGUUCAAAUUUGUUAAGGAGUCAGGAACGGAGAAAGAGGCUGCUGCAAAGAAUCAGAAAAAGCCACAGAUAACCGAAACGUCGAAGGUUGCGGAUAAAUGGUCAAAGUAUUCGUUGCCUUUGAAGCGGGGGGGAGAUGGGCAUGAAGUAGACGUGAAACAAAAGGAGGUGGUGGAGAAGGGGGGAGAAGUUUUUGCAUCUAGUGGUAAUGCUGCUGCUAACAAGAAGAAGGCCAAGAGACGUCUCAGGCCACGGAAAGCUCUAUUAACAUUAUCGCCGAGUGCUAUUAUACAUCUCAAGCGGUUGCUGGAUAAGCCAGAGCCACAAUUAGUACGCGUUGGUGUCAGAAAUCGGGGUUGUUCGGGUUUGGUAUAUGAUCUCCAGUAUAUUACGAAACCGGGGAAGUUUGACGAAAUAGUUGAGCAGGAUGGAGUCAAGAUUGUCAUUGAUUCAAAGGCGUUAUUUAGCAUCGUGGGGAGUGAGAUGGACUGGGUUGAUGACAAUUUACAAUCCAGGUUUAUAUUCAAAAAUCCGAAUUCCAAAGGAACUUGCGGAUGUGGAGAAAGCUUUAUGGUUUAG